CGCCACACUCUCGCGAGAUGAGACUUUUGACGUCGGGAUUAGCUGUCCGGCAGGGGCCAGGAAUCUGGGUAUUAUCGGCGUUGCGGGACGUUUAAGCAGCAAUCUGGGACUGCGGGCUGUGUUUAAAAAUUCGGGUGUGUUGGGCGGUAUGCAGUAGUGCUGUGGUUUAGAUUGGGGGUCUCGCAUGAGUUCCCCGGACAAGAGGUGGCAGCAGGAGAGAGAGGGAGCCCCGGAGCCCGAGGAGAGGAGGACCAACACCCCCCGCAGCAGCCCGGGACACAGCCCUGAAGGAGACAGAUCACCAGGAGACCCUUAUUCAGAAAAUCUAGAAAAUAGCCGAAUGAAGCGAGCAGCUGCAAAGCAUCUAAUAGAACGCUACUACCACCAGUUAACUGAGGGUUGUGGAAAUGAAACCUGCACGAAUGAAUUUUGUGCUUCCUGUCCCACUUUUCUUCGUAUGGAUAACAAUGCAGCAGCCAUUAAGGCCCUCGAGUUAUAUAAGGUUAAUGCAAAACUCUGUGAUCCUCAUCCCUCCAAGAAAGGAACAAGCUCAUCUUAUCUAGAGAACAAUUCGAAAAGUGCCCAUAACAACUCCUGCACAGAAAGAAAGAUGAAUAAGAAAGACCUUCAUGGACCCAGAGAUGACUUUAAAGAUGUCACUUUCCUGUCUGAAGAAAAAGUGUAUGAAAUUCUUGAAUUGUGUAGAGAAAAAGAGGACUACUCGCCUUUAAUUCGGGUGAUCGGGAGAGUAUUUUCCAGUGCAGAAGCUUUGGUUCAGAGUUUCCGAAAAGCAAAGCACCAUACAAAGGAGGAGCUAAAAUCCUUGCAAGAAAAGGAUGAAGAUAAGGAUGAAGAUGAAAAGGAAAAAGCUGCAUCAUCUGCUGCUGCAAUGGAAGAGGAUUCUGGAGCAUCAUCCUCAAGGUUAAGUGACAACUCACAAGGAGACAACAACAUACAGAAACUAGGCCCUGAAGAAGUGUCUCUAGAUAUAGAAGCAGUUCGACGGGUGUAUCACAGGUUACUUUCUAAUGAGAAAAUAGAAACUGCCUUUCUGAAUGCACUUGUGUACCUUUCUCCUAAUGUGGAAUGUGACUUAACUUAUCAUAAUGUUUAUUCACGAGAUCCCAACUAUCUCAAUUUGUUUAUAAUCGUCAUGGAGAAUGGUAAUCUCCAUAGUCCUGAAUACCUGGAAAUGGCUUUACCGUUGUUUUGCAAAGCAAUGAGUAAAUUGCCAUUAGCAGCGCAAGCAAAGUUGAUCCGUCUUUGGUCAAAGUACAGCGCUGAGCAGAUUCGCCGAAUGAUGGAAACAUUUCAGCAGCUUAUAACCUAUAAAGUUAUAAGUAACGAGUUCAACAGUCGAAAUUUAGUCAAUGAUGAUGAUGCUAUUGUUGCAGCAACAAAGUGCUUAAAAAUGGUUUACUAUUCAAAUGUUGUUGGUGGAGAGAUUGAAACUGACCAUAAUGAAGAGGAAGAUGAUGAACCUGUUCCUGAGUCCAGUGAGUUAACUCUGCAGGAGCUGCUAGGGGAAGAACGAAGAAACAAAAAAGGCCCUCGAGUAGAUCCCCUUGAAACCGAACUUGGUGUUAAAAGCAUUGAUUGCAGGAAACCUCUCAUCCCUUUCGAGGAAUUCGUUAACGAACCACUAAAUGAUGUUCUAGAAAUGGACAAAGAUUAUACUUUCUUUAAAGUAGAGACUGAAAACAAAUUCUCUUUUAUGACUUGCCCCUUUAUCCUGAAUGCAGUUACAAAGAAUCUUGGUCUGUAUUAUGACAACAGAAUCCGCAUGUACAGUGAAAGGCGAAUAACUGUUCUGUAUAGUCUAGUGCAAGGACAGCAACUUAACCCCUAUUUGAGGCUCAAAGUACGGCGAGAUCACAUCAUUGACGAUGCUCUUGUUAGGCUUGAGAUGAUUGCCAUGGAAAAUCCUGCAGAUUUGAAGAAGCAAUUAUAUGUGGAAUUUGAGGGAGAACAAGGAGUUGACGAAGGAGGUGUUUCUAAAGAGUUUUUCCAAUUAGUUGUUGAAGAAAUUUUCAACCCUGAUAUUGGUAUGUUUACGUAUGAUGAGUCCACUAAACACUCUUGGUUCAAUCCAUCAUCUUUUGAGACAGAAGGACAGUUUACACUUAUUGGCAUUGUGCUGGGCCUUGCAAUUUACAAUAAUUGCAUUCUAGAUGUGCAUUUUCCAAUGGUUGUAUAUAGAAAACUAAUGGGGAAAAAAGGAACCUUCCGUGACCUUGCUGAUUCUCAUCCUGUUCUUUAUCAGAGUUUAAAAGAAUUGUUGGAGUAUGAAGGCAAUGUUGAAGAAGAUAUGAUGAUGACUUUCCAGAUCUCUCAGACUGACCUCUUUGGAAAUCCUUUAAUGCACGACUUAAAGGAAAAUGGAGAUAAAAUCCCCAUUACAAAUGAGAACAGAAAGGAAUUUGUCAGUCUAUACACAGACUAUAUUCUAAAUAAAUCAGUGGAAAAGCAAUUUAAAGCCUUCAGAAGGGGCUUUCACAUGGUUACCAAUGAAUCGCCUCUGAAAUAUCUGUUUAGACCAGAGGAGAUUGAACUUCUUAUUUGUGGAAGUAGGAAUUUAGAUUUCCAAGCUCUGAAAGAUACUACGGAAUAUGAUGGUGGCUAUACCAGAGAUUCAAAUAUAAUAAAGGAGUUUUGGGAAAUUGUAAAUUCUUUCACAGAGGAACAAAAAAGAUUGUUCUUGCAAUUUACAACAGGCACGGACAGAGCACCUGUAGGUGGGCUAGGCAAAUUAAAGAUGAUUAUAGCCAAAAACGGCCCUGAUACAGACAGGUUACCAACAUCUCAUACUUGCUUUAAUGUCCUUUUGCUUCCGGAGUACUCAAAUAAAGAGAAACUGAAGGAGAGAUUGUUAAAGGCCAUCACUUAUGCUAAGGGGUUUGGUAUGCUCUAAAAACAAAGGCAAGCGUGCUAAAAAAAAAUAAAAUAAAAAAUAAAGGGAUAACAAUAAUUCGAACUGAUGUCUCUCUCCAAAAAAAGGCCAUAAGAUAGCAAGCUACAAGUAGUCAUGUCUAUUUGUGCCUCCCUUCUUUGCUUGGGGACAAUGGGCUGGAACAGCAGAUUUCAGCUGCUUAUAUGAACAAAAGCUCUUUUUUUUCUUCUUAUCCUAGCGUGAAAGGGUUAAAUCUUUCACAUGUAUGUACAGAAAAUAUUUCCUGAAUAUUUAUUUAAAGGGUUUAAAUCACUUUUUUGCUUGUGUUAAAUAUUGCUUGAAGUUGAGCCUAUUUGAGUCUGGGAAAACAGGUCCACUCAUGUAGUGCUGUGUCAGUUUGCAGCCCAUUCAACUUUCAAGUAUAUCAUAUUUGCUAAUGUCCUUGCAUCUACUCAAAUCAGGAACUGUACUUUUUGGGUUUUGUUUGUCUUUUUUUUUUUUUACAGUUUGCUUAUAAAACUUGAACUCAUGGAAAACGAAAAAAAACGUGUGAUACCAUUACUGCUGUUCUAGCCCCAAAGAUUUUGUGAGAAAAGAAUAUUGUAGUUAAUAAAGUUGGGAGGGCGAACUUGGAAUGUUAAACUGCAGCCUUGCAAUCUUUUUACUUUAGUCACAGCACAAAGAUACAUAAAGAAUUAAAAGGAAAAAAUAAUUUCACUAUUGUUGUCUUCAAGUCUUGUAAAGUAUACCGUGUUCUAUUAGGGAACCUGAUCUCUUGGUUGUGUGAAGGGGUAGAGUUUAGCGCUGUUUUAUUUUUCGACAAGAGUUUACUGGCAGAAGUGCAUUUUCAGCCAAAUUUUUCUGUGGUAGAUGGUGGGUUGUCAGGAAACAAAUGAUUGCUUGCUAUAUCCUCAACAAGGAGCUUGUGGAAGUGCACUUAAAUGAAGAAUAUUUACUGCAUAUUAAGUUAACAUUUUAAAUAGACAAUCCAAAGUCUUCCCUGCAUAUUAUGUCAAUAUACUUUGAUUUUAUGUUUGUUUUUUUUUUUUUUAACCGUAUCCAAGGCACAUAAUCAGUGCUGCUGUGUAAUUAAUAAGGAUUGUUACUGCUUCUUUACACUUACCUCGGAACAAAAGAGGUAAAUAACAGACAGUUUUGUUCAGACUAACAUUCUCAUACAUGUCAACUGGCCACCUUUUUACAUCAAAUGAAUAUCUUAGUUGAUAUUCUGUGCCUGUAUUUGAAGGGCUAGCACUAAAAUGCAUGUUGCUAAAGUUUCAGAGGAUAGUGUAAAAGUUCCACAUCUUUAUUUGCCCUUCAUGUCUUGAUUCAUAGCAGUUCCUCAAGGUUAGGUUUGGGACUGUGACUCUGUCUGACCCCCAUGUGCUGCUGCCACAUCCACCUACUUUGCUGAGUAGAUACCUACAAUACACACUCAGUGUGUCACAUACAAGUUUAAGAAUCUUUGGGGGUAUAGUAAUAAAAGGUACAGCUAGUUAUGAGUCUAGAAACCCUUAAAAACCAAAUUGCUGGUGGUUGCUAUGGGCUAUUAGACCUGGCACAUGUUGUACCCUUUCAUUACAUUUCUCCAGUCAGAAUAUGUUACAUUAAGGGAAGCAGUUUAACUUGCUUGUAUUAUCACCUGCUCUAUUUUACCAUAAUGCAGCAAAUUAUUAGUUUUCCCAUUUUGCCUGUUUUACUCGCCCUGGUACCCAAAAACACAGAUCAUUUCUAAAGGUCCAAUGUUUUUUUACUUUGAAUUGCUUUUCCCUCUUUUCCUAUUGAUUUGUCCAUUCUUACUUCCAAACUGCUGCCUAGUUUCUAAGUUAAAUUAAAGGAACAGCAACACCAAAAAAUGAAAAUGUAUCACAGUAAUUAAAAUAUAAUGUACUGUUGCCCUGGUAAAAGUUGUGUUUGGUACAGAAAGAUUUCAAUAGUUCAUAUAAAAAAGCUGCUGUGUAGCCAUAGGGGCAGCCAUUUAACUUAAAAUAGGGCUAAAUGGCACCGGUUACAAAGCAGAUAACCAAUAUCAACAUUGUAGAUAGAACAGAGUUUAAUGUAGAAUACAAUGGUGUUUUACAGAGCUAUGUAAUUUGUGCUUUUUCACAUUUUUCUAGCUUGAAUGGCUGCCCCCAUGACUACACAGCAGCUUAUUUAUAUAAACUAUAGUAGCCUUUCUGAAGCAAUCACAAAAGUUUUAGCAGUGCAGGGCAACAGCGCAUUAUAUUUAAAUUGCUUAAAAACACUAAUUUUUUGGUGUUACUGUUCAUUUAAGCUUGAGAAACCAGCUGAAAUUCUAAGUCUGAGAGUUGCAGAAACAAAUAUUUCAAAAAUCAUAAAGUGAAGAUUAGAUUAAAUCUUUAUACUAAAAUUUAAUUUAGUGAAGUACCCCCUACAAAGACCCUUUACAAAGAAGCGAGGCAAAGAAAUAUACCCCUUCAAUAGAAAAACAGUUACCAAAUUUUACCUAGAUAUGGAAACUUUUACAUAUAUAUCUCUGUAAAUGUUGAAAUCUUUUGCAUUUUAGUAUGAAUGCCCUUUUAAAUGUAUGGUAAAAGAUUCACGCCAUUAAUAAACCAUAUCCAAAUGUACGUGUUUACCUUUCCUCGACUUCUGCGUGUGUAAUGUUAACUUCUCAUGUUGCAGUAUAAAAUAAAGGAAUUAUUCAUUUUUAUCGGAGGACAUAAUUGGUAUAUCGUUCAGGAAAAUGACUGCAGAUGUUCAAGACUAAUAUGAUUUAUUGAUAAACUGCUCAAUAAAC